GGGUCAUAGACGAAUUUCACAAUCUGGUAACACAUAAAUUGCUCCUAUUAAUGGCCUGUAGUUAAUCUAUCGGAGAUUGGUUGCCUGGGACAGAUCCUCCGUUUUAUAUAGCUGUAAACUUGUAAGUCAGACGCUAAAUGCAUUGAUACAUGAGGUGAUCAGUUUGGGGGCUCAGUCCCUCCAACAAUAUUUAAAACAAACGAACUCUGGGGUCAAACUAGGUCCUUCUCGGGCUGAGGUAUGAUGGGAGCCACACCUUGUUGCCAUACCCAGUUGACUCUUGUUGUGAGGCCAAUUGGCAGUGCAGUGCGCGCCUUGGGCACGACGCUGCGCUCUUGGCGCUCCGCAGCUCCGCUCCUGAAAGCACAGCCCUCCCUCCAUCCAUCUCCAUCUCCGCCUCCACCUCAACCCGCGCCGAAGCCACACAACAAGAGGGGAUUAACAAGCGUGCUCUGUGAUAACCGAGGCACGCCUUUCGCAGCCAGGCUCCUCAGCUAGCACUGGUGUCUCUCACCGAUCAGUCCCGGAGGUGUGUCCCUUUCAUCGGCUCGCCUGCCAGCAGCUUCGCGCCGGGCCAGUCCGGUCGCUUACCCCUGGAGAGCAGUUUAUUCCCUGAAAGCUGGAUGAAUAAUUGGACAGUUGAGAGCAAGUGCCAAAAGAAAGCUGAGGCUUGGGAUCUGCCUCCUCGCUCCGUCCAGGGAAGACAAGACUCGGCCAGAGUUGUGGACGACAAUGGAGGGGACGUCCCUGUAUCUUCCUAUUGUUAUUUUACUGAUGCAAUGUUCCCCCUCUGUUCCUGUUACCGUGUCGACCAACAGACAUAAGGUGGAGGUGCGCGAGUUCUCAGACGCGGUGCUGUCCUGCAUGUUCCGCACAGAGAGAGACCAGAACCCGCGCAUCGAGUGGAAGAAGAAGGGGAAAGAUGUUUCUUUCGUGUACUUUGAUGGGCACUUCAGAGGUCCCUUUGAGGGCCGGGCGACCAUCGAAGGGGCCACGGUGACGCUGCAAAGGGUCACCCAGGAAGACGCUGGGGAGUACCGCUGUGAGAUCAGUGCUCCUCUUGACACUGUCAGCCUGGGCGAAACCAACGUGACGCUCAAAGUCCUCGUGCCCCCCCACACCCCGUCCUGUGAAAUCCCCAGUUCAGCAGUGACAGGCUCACUGGUGCAGCUGCACUGUAGGGACCAGCAGAGCAUCCCGCCUGCUACGUACUCCUGGUACAAGGACAACCUCCUGAUGAGCCAGCCGCGUCAUGCCAACGCCACCUAUGUAAUCAACUCACACACAGGAGUACUGGAGUUCAAAGCUGUAGCCAAAGAGGACAGCGGCCAGUACAGCUGCCAGGCAUCAAACGGGGUGGGGACGCCCAAGAUGUGCGAGGGCAAGCACAUGACGAUAGCCGUGGUGGUAGCAGUGGUGGUGGUCUGCCUGGCUGUCGUGGUCUGUGGCUGUGGGGGACUCCUCUUACACCGUAAUGGCUUCUUCAGCCCAGGACGCAGAAGAAGGUCUAAUGUCAACUACAUCCCUCCACCCCAAGAGCCCCAGGAUUUCAAACACACCCAGUCGUUCAUGCUCUGAGAAGCUGGCCUUCAUUCAAGACAUCACCCUUGUUAUAAGGUGCCAACACUGGACACUGAUUUCUCUCUCUCUCUCUGGACUCUGAAUGAGCUCUUGAUCUUCCAGAACUUGCUAAUUUCAAUCUUCUUCCUCUGCCACCCCUUGGGUUAUGGCAAGCGAAUUUGCAAAGCUUCUUACUCUUGUGCUUUGCUGUGUGGUUUUGCCUCUCUUGCUGACAUUUUCUGCUCUUACAAGAUUCAAGUUUUGUGACACACUGCUCCCCCCUGGUGGUCAGAUGUUGAAAUUCCAACUGAGCUCAUUUGAAUGAUCCAGGGACAAGUUGAGCUUUCUACACAUUUUUUUUUUCUGCAGGCCAAUCAUUUUAACUACCUUUGAUUUCUUUUACCAAAGACUGACUUUAAUGGAUUUUUUGCUUUAAAAGUUUAACCCCCAUAAGGGAUUUCUCCUUAAACUCACAGGGAAAGCAUUUCAGUCAUUUUCAAUUUAUUCAAACAUAAAGACAGUUUACCUCAGCCAGUAAUUUGUCUCUGUCACUGGAGCUCUGGUUUUCCAAGGGCCACAGUGUCAGAACAUGAAAGCAGAAGCAGGAGGCCGAUCCAGCCGGUUAUACUGAGACCAACCCCAUUCCAUCCUAAUGUGCCUGCAUGGUCUUUUUAAAAUAUAUAUUCCUUGUGCCUUUUUAAUUUGUCUCUCAUUUAUCUAUGGAAUCACAGUUUUUUGUG